AUGUCAACAAUCUCCAUAAAACUCGAAUUCGGCGGCGGCCUCGAGCUCCUCUUCGCCAACAAGCGGUCGUACCGCGUUGAUAUACCCGCUGUUGUCCCUGUUGAUAAUUCUACUUCUCUUUCCCUGUCUCCUUCUCCUUACCCCGCUUCCGCUUCCGCAUCUACUUCUUCCUCGACGACGACGACGACGGGAACAGGAACGACGUCGGGGACGGGAACAGAGACGGACACGGACACGGUGACGGUGAUAGAGAAAGAAACGAAAAACGUAGACGUGGCCUAUCUGAUCCAUUACAUGCGCGACCACAUGCUUACCGAGCGCGUUGAGCUGUUCAUGGAGAAGGGUACUGUCCGUCCAGGCAUCCUCGUCCUGAUCAACGACACCGACUGGGAACUCGAGGGAGAGGGCGAGUACGAGCUGAAGAAUGGAGAUGAGGUCGUGUUUAUUUCUACGCUUCAUGGCGGGUGA